ACUUUCACAGAUUGGGUUUCUCAACCAAUGCCCGAGUUUACGAACUUGAAGGACGACCAUCAUUCAAUCCACCGAGCCCCAUGGAUGCCACCAUGGUUACAAGCCUUCUCGACACGCUGGACGCUGUGGUCUGGAAUGCCAACUACUGGCUUCCCCGAGGAAUGGAAUGGGAAGAUUUGCACCCUCGAGAUGGGGGAGUUUAUCCUGAAUUCAGGGAUAUUUUGGUGGUCCCAGUAAUUCUGUCAAUACUGCUAAUCCUCUUCAGAAGCUACAUCUUGAACCCGCUUAUUCUUGAACCGAUCGCCAAAUACUGGCAACUCCCUUACAGGAGACACAAGCCUCUGCCACAGAUUCCCCAGCUAGAGACCCGUUAUCUAGAAAGUAAAGGAGUAAUGCCUCGUAAAGUUUUAGAAAAGACUUCCGUGUCGCUCCAAAUGUCAAAAAGACAAGUAGAGAGUUGGUUGAGGAAAAGGUCCAAUGUUGGAAAACUGAGCAAACUUGAUAAAUUUCAAGACAGUUCUUUUAUAUUGUUGUACCAUACUCUGAUUACAGCGUAUGGUUGUUAUGUGAUGCUGUCCAAACCUUGGUUGUGGGACAUUACCAUAUGCUACCAAAACUUCCCCUACCAUCAAGUAGAUACCCAACUGUGGUGGUACUACAUGAUAGGUUGUGCUUUCUAUUGGGAGCAGACAAUCUGGCAGUUCAGGUAUAGUCACGGCAAAGAUGCAAACCUGGCAUACCUCCAUCAUAUAUGUACCAUAUUUCUGUUGGUUUGCUCGUGGAAAUGCAACUACGUAAGAGUGGGUAGCAUUAUCUUAUUUGUACACGAGUGCGGCGACAUACCCCUGCAGUUGGGCAGGAUUCUGCGCUACUUCAAGGAAGAGAGAGUAAUAGACUACGUCUUCGCGUCGUUCGUGAUCCUUUGGGUUUGUACAAGAUUGGUUUUAUACCCAUUUUGGAUUCUAAGGUCGUUGUUUGUGGACAUGCCGAGGUAUGCUGACCUGCCAUCCAUGACGGUUUUUUACGUACUCCUACUCCUACUUUUUGGUAUGAACGUCGUAUGGAGUUGGUGGAUAGGGUAUGGAGUGUACAAGAGGUUGGUGAAAGGGGUGGUGGAGAAUGUUGUGUCUUCAGACGAUGGAGGCAGCAGCACUGACACUCAUGACACUUCUCGUAAACUUGAAUGAAUGAAGUACCCGCAACAGCACUGACAUGCACGAUCAACUGCAUUUCAAACAUGAAUCAUGCACAGGGGUUAGACAUAUAAAGAAUACACCCAAAAAUUUCGCAUCAAAACCGUUUUACUUUUCAUACCAAUUAAAUCGUGACCUGUUA